AUGGGAAAGAAAAAAAAGGUCGGAAAGGAAAGGAUUGAUAAGUACUAUAAGCUGGCUAAGUCAGCUGGAUAUAGAGCUCGGUCCGCAUUUAAAUUAAUUCAGAUAGCCCAAAAAUUUAACAUAUUUAAAGAUGCAAAUAUACUAAUAGAUUUAUGUGCAGCCCCAGGAGGGUGGUUACAAGUAGCUUAUAAAAAUAUGAAGAGAAAUAGUACAAUUAUAGGAGUUGAUUUAGUACCAAUUAGAAAAAUUGAUAAUAAUGUAAUAACAUUGAAAAGUGAUAUAACGACAACUGAUUGUAUAAAAAAAAUUAGAAAAAUUAUAAAAAAUGAGAAAGCCGAUGUUAUAUUAAAUGAUGGAGCUCCAAAUGUAGGGACAACAUAUUCAUAUGAUAGUUUUAAUCAAAAUGUAUUAGUUCUUAAUAGUAUUAAAAUAGCUUAUAUUUUUUUAAAAAGAGGUGGAAUAUUCAUUACAAAAAUUUUUAGAAAUGAAGAAUAUAUUUCAUUAAUUUUAGUUUUAGAAAAAUUAUUUAGUGUAGUGAAACAUAUAAAGCCUAGAAGUAGUAGAGAUAUGUCGUCCGAAAUUUAUAUUAUUGCUCUUAACUUUUUAAAUUAUAAAGUAGACAAGAAAUUGUUUGAUUAUACUUAUAUAUUUAGUAACGAUUUUGUAAAAGACUCAAACAAAUUGAAAAAUUCCCAAGUCAACGAUGGAAGUUGUACCAGUGAGAAUGAAGAUGGAGGAGCGAAAAAAAGUAAAGACAAUGGAAAAGGAAGUAAAGAAGAUGGAAAAUUAAGCAAUGAUGACCAUAAGAAAAAGAAAAAGAAAGGUCUGGCAACCAUCCUAAAAGAAAAGGCUAAAAAGAACAGACAAGGAUACGAUAUUGGAGAUGAUUACCGAGUUACGGAUGUUUGCCAUUUUAUUAAUAGUGAAAAUUAUGUAGAUCUAAUAUUAAAGAACAACAAAUUUACAUUUGAUAAGUAUUAUAACGAUUCUUCCGAUGCGCUUGUUAGAAGUACAUAUAACGCCAUAUAUAAAAAUCCUAGCACAACGGAGGAAAUAUUUCGCCUCUGUAGUGACUUAAAAGUACUGGGCAAAUCGGACUUGUUUCAUCUAAUUAAGUGGAGGUACAAAAUUAAAAAGGGAGUUGCUACAAGCGAGAAGGGGAAAGAAGAAAAAGAAGAAAAAGAAGCAGAUGUAGAAGCAGCAGAUGUAGCAGAUGCAGAUGUAGCAGAUGCAGAUGUAGCAGAAGAAGGGGGCAGGCACGAUGUUGAGAAAAAAAAGGACGUCAAAAAGGGAAGCAGUGAAGACGAUUCCAAAGUAGAAGAACUGAGUAACUCAUCAGAUGAAGGUACGGACAAAGACAGUAUUAACGAUUUUUCGAAAUAUAUUGAAAAAAAAAAAAAAAGGGAGCAAAGGAAAAAAGAGAAAAAGCUUAAAAAAGAGCUAGAAAAAAAAAAAGGAAAUAAAAAACAUAAAAUUUCCUGUGAAGAUAAUGAAAUACAUUUCAGUAAAGAUAUGCUGAACUUACUAAAUAAACAGAAAUUUAAAGAUCAUCUGAAUAUAUUAAAUAGUAGUAAAUAUAAUGACCAUUUAGAAAUAGAUCAAGAUAAUAACUCGUUUGGCGAAAAAGAGGAUAACACUAAUUUAGACCAUAUAAACAGUACCGAGUUAGAUCGUUUAGAAUAUCUAGUUAAUUUAGAAUAUGAAAAGGAAAAAAUGAAAAUAAACAAACGGAUUCAGGAAAAAAGUGUCGACAAAAUGACCAGAAGAAAAAGAGCUAUGCAAUAUAAAGAAGAAGAAUUAAUGAAAAUUGAAAAGUUAAUGGAAUUAAAAAAUGAAGAAUUAAUGAUGAAAAAAAAAUUGCACGAAUAUCUAAGUGACAAUGAAUCUACAGGAAGUGGUAUCGAUCAAGAAAUUGGAACUACCCUAAAUGAUAACAAUGAGUUAGAGAUUAAUCAUGACAAGGAAAAUAUUUCCCGAAAUGCCAUUAGCAGUAAAUAUGAUGAAGUGAUGAAGCAAAAUGAACACAUUAGGAAUGUCGUCGACAAAAUAUUGACUCUAAGAAAAGAUGUUAAAAAGGAGGAAGCGAAAGAUAGUACUACUAACCGAUUUUUUGAUCAAAAAAUUUUCUCCAACAUAUUCAGUCAGUUAGGCACAGAAAUGGGUGACAGUGAGGAAUAUGAUGAUCAGGGGGAAGAGCAGGAGAAGGUGGAUGAGGAGGUCGAGGAGGAGGUCGAGGAGGAGGUCGAGGAGGAGGACGAUGAUUACAGCCGUAAUCCCAUUUCUGCUGAAAAUGUUUCUUUCAUGAGAGAGGACAAACUGAACAGUAAAUCCACCAACAGGGACGUGGCACGUGACUGUAGUGAAGAUCAUACAGAUGAAGAUAUAAAAGAAAUUGAUGAACGUAAAUUACCGAAAAUUCCAUUACCAGAGAAGCUAGCUAAAAAAGAGAGAAAUAAAAAAUUAAGAGAACAAUAUGGAAAUAAUGAAAUAAAAAUGAAAAAAGCAACAUUUUCCAUAGUAAAAGCAGAUGAAAAUACACAAAAUUUAAAUAACUACUUUUCAAAUAUAAUUAAAGAUGAAGAUGAAUUAGCUUUUGUAAAGUACAUAGGAGAAAAAUUAAUUCAUAAAAAAAGUAGAAUGGAUCUAAUAGAUGACUCAUUUAAUAGAUAUUCUUAUUUAGAAGAAGAAGACACGUUACCUGAAUGGUUUUUGGAGGAGGAAAAAAAAUAUAGAAAACCAGUCAUUCCAAUCGAUAAAAACAUACUAGAUCAGUAUAAGAGUAAAAUUAAUAAAAUAACAAGAAUGCCUAUCAAAAAAGUUAUUGAAGCAAAAAUAAGAAAUAAAAAAAGAGAAAUAGCAAAAAUGCAAAAGUUAGAGGCAAAAAUUGGAAAAAUCGAAAAUAAUGAGGAUGACCCAUUCCUUAAGCAAAAAGCUAUAACAAAUAUUCUAAAGAAUAAUAAAUUAGGUACGUACACGCAUUCAAGAGAGGGAGACCUGGAACAAAAAAAACGAGAAAAGUCUUACGUUGUUUGUACAAGUAGAGGAUCUCAGAUGACCAGGAAGAAAAAUAAAAAAGGAGGUAAAACCAUGGUUAAGUAUGUUGACAAGAGGUUAAAAAAGGAUAAGAAAGCUAAGAAACGAAUACAAAAAAGAAGAAACAAAAUAUCAAGACCUAAAUAUAACAAAUCCAAGCCAUUUAAAUUUAAGAAGAAAUUUUAA